AAGAUAAGCCUGAAACACUCCUUUGUAGGGAUUGGCAAGAUCUAAUCGACUAUCCUUAGCCCUAUCUGAACCAUAUCAUAUAUCCUCCCACGUAUAUGGAUAGAUUGGAUUUCCUCAUUGCUGUCCCUUUAAAUGCUCGUCUGCAGACUCAAUAGUCACAAUCAUUUUAGUUUCCUAUCGUGUAGUGCAAACAUGAAGUUAUUGUGCAGCCUGGCAGUCUGGCUCCUCGUCUUUCAUCCGACGCAUGCCGGUCCUUUUAACAGCAAUGAUUCCCAUGAAGAAGAGAAUGAACUGGAAGAACUCUUUCCCAAAAGCUGCAGCAUUUGUUUCGGAUCCCCAGGCCCACGAGGAUUUCGUGGAAAGGAUGGAUCACGAGGUGUGCCAGGCAACCCGGGCAGUGUCGGUCCUGCUGGACCACUGGGCCCAGCUGGUUCACCUGGCCCAGCUGGGAGCCCUGGACCUGCUGGACCAGCUGGUCCCUCUGGUAACAACGGCUUGAGAGGGGAACCAGGCAACACUGGUCCUCCUGGACCCCCUGGGAGUCCUGGCACUCCAGCUGCAACGAACCGCAUCUCCUGCACUAACGUCUCCAGCAGAGGUGCCACCGCGAGUUGCCCCACAGGGUACAUAGUAGUGUCGUGUUCAUGUGGAAUGGCGUGUGGUUCGUGGGACAUCCCAAACGACAGCACGUGUCACUGCCAGUGCGGUGGGAUCGACUGGACAUCGGCACGGUGCUGUCAGCUGGCCUGACACUGAUCGGCAGUGAAGAUGGGAAACAAUAAUAGAGAAACCAAACUAACAUAAUCAAAACGAACCAGAGAGAACACCACAGAGACAACACAAACACUGUCACGGGUAUGGAGGUGAACACAACAUAAACAUAACACGAACACAAUCAAGGAAAUGGAGGUAAACACAAAAUUAACCAUGUGGAACAACAGUAAACACUUAAGCGUGUGCCACCAGUGAUAGCCCAGAUAAUAAUACAACUAAUAAUCAGAGUUUUUUUUUAUGUUUGACCUUCGACAAUGUCAUUUAUGCAAACAGCAUCCCAAAUGAAAGUUGUAGUUUUCACUUGUGUAAAUUGUUUAAUAUACAAAAUGUUUACCUUCGUUUCAUGGAUGUGUUUGUUUUUACUGCAUUCAAAACAAAUGGCUUGCUCUGGAUAUAUAUACUGUAGGUUUAAUGAUCCAUCAUUGAAAAUUGGGAAAUAAGGUUUUGUUACUGUAUCACAUAUGGUGAUUUGGUGUGGUUGAUUUCUGUUGAGACACAUGGUACAGUAUUUGCAUAAUAAAUGGUUGCUGUUGA